UUUAUCUGAACGUUUGAUUCGUACUGUUGCUCAACACUUGUUUCGCGGUAUAAUAUUUUAAAUGUCUCGAGUUAUUUUAAAAGGUCAGAAGUUAUCUCUUGUUACACACGAGUUAAAAAGGAUUAACCCCCGCAAAGAAGCAGUCUUCUUCGUGCAAAUCAAGCCGCAGCAAUAAAUAUUCAUUAAAAUUCUCAUAGCUUUGCAGGCAGUAUGCAGCACAUUGUUUUAGUUAUUGGCGGUGGUGGUAGAGAACAUGCUAUUGCUUGGAAACUUUCACAAUCUCCUCACGUGCAUAAGAUUUAUGUUUCUCCUGGAAAUAGUGGAAUUUCAUUAGUCGAUAAAGUUUCUCUAAUAAAAUUAAAUAUUAAGGAUAAUAAGGAAGUAGCAACAUGGGCUAAAGAUAAUAAAGUAAAUUUAGUAGUUAUUGGCCCAGAAGAAUACUUGGCUAAUGGGCUAGCAGAUGAAUUAAAAAAUGUAGAAAUUAAUUGUUUUGGCCCACAAAAAGCUGCAUCUAAAAUCGAAGCAGACAAAUACUGGGCAAAAGAAUUUAUGGAUAAAUAUAAGAUUCCUACUGCAAAAUGGAAAGGAUUUGUAAAUCCAGAAGAAGCAAAGAAAUUUGUUAUAAAUGCACCCUAUCCAGCAACUGUAGUAAAAGCUUCAGGCUUGGCAGCUGGAAAAGGAGUCAUAGUAGCAAAAGAUAAACAAGAAGCAUGUAAAGCUAUAGAUGAAAUAUUAACAGACAAAAAAUUUGGAUCUGCUGGUGAAUCAAUAGUGAUAGAAGAAUUAUUAGAAGGAGAAGAAGUGUCUGUACUUGCGUUUACAGAUGGAAAAACCAUUGUACCAAUGGCACCUGCACAAGAUCACAAAAGAAUAUUUGAUGGAGAUACAGGACCAAAUACUGGUGGCAUGGGUGCUUACUGCCCAUGUCCAUUGUUGAACAAAGCAGAUUACGAAAUAGUAAAAACAAACAUCUUGCAAAAAGUUAUUGAUGGUCUUAGACAAGAACAAAUUCCAUUUGUUGGUGUAUUAUAUGCUGGAUUAAUGUUGACAAAAGAUGGACCAAAAGUUUUAGAAUUUAACUGUAGAUUUGGAGAUCCUGAAACACAAGUAGUAUUACCAUUACUAAAAUCGGAUUUAUUUAAUAUUAUGAAGGCUUGUUGUGAGGGUUCUUUAAUUGAAUCUCAAAUCGUAUGGGAAGAAAAUCUGUUUGCUGUUGGUGUUAUUUUAGCAUCUCGAGGAUAUCCGGUAUCGUCAUCAAAGGGUCAAGUUAUAACAGGCGUCAAUAAUAUUCUACGUGAAAGAAAUCAAUUUGUUUUCCACAGUGGAACAAGUAUUUCUUCUGAAGGAGAAUUAUUAACUAAUGGCGGAAGAGUUUUAAUUACUGUAAGUUUAGCACCUUCAUUGGCUUUGGCUGCUGCUAAAGCAACACAUGCUGCCCAAAACAUAUUUUUUGAAGGGAAGCAAUUUAGAACAGAUAUAGCACAUAAAGGAAUAGCAAGGUUUAUAUUGCAUCAUGGACAAUUGACAUACAAAAGUAGUGGUGUGGACAUAGAAGCUGGAGAUUCGUUAGUUUCAGCUAUUAAACCAGCAUCUUACUCGACCCAACGUUUAGGUACAAUAGGUUCAAUUGGUAGUUUCGGUGGCUUAUUUGACAUAAAAGCUACUGGUUAUAAAGAUCCAAUUCUAGUAUCUGGAACUGAUGGUGUUGGAACCAAAUUAAAAAUAGCAUUUGAAUGCAAACAACAUGAUACAGUGGGCAUAGAUUUAGUGGCUAUGUGUGUAAAUGAUGUUCUUGCACAUGGUGCUGAACCUUUAUUCUUUCUGGAUUAUUUUGCUUGUAGUAAAUUAAAUGUGGAUGUAGCUAGUAAUGUUAUAAAUGGAAUAAGUGAAGGAUGUAAAAAAGCUGGAUGUUCAUUAAUUGGUGGAGAAACAGCAGAAAUGCCAAACAUGUAUUCUAAUGAAGAAUACGAUUUAGCCGGUUUCGCUGUGGGAAUAGUUGAAAGAGAUGAUUUGCUUCCACGAAUAGAUAAUAUAAAAGAAAAUGAUAUUGUAAUUGGCCUUCCAUCAAGUGGAGUGCACAGUAAUGGAUUCAGCCUUGUUCGGAAAAUUUUAAAAUUGACAGAUAAAAAAUAUUCAGAUAUAGCGCCUUUUUCUAACAAUAAUCGUACAAUCGGUAAUGAAUUGUUAGAACCAACGAAAAUUUACGUAAAAGGAGUGAUUCCUGCUUUGCGCACAAAUUUAGUAAAAGCAUUCGCACAUAUUACUGGAGGAGGUCUGACAGAAAAUAUACCGAGAGUUUUACCGAAAAAUAUGGGAGCAGUUUUGGAUGCACGGACAUGGAUUAUUCAACCAAUUUUUGCUUGGUUGGCAACUAUAGGAGGAAUUAAUAAAGAAGAGAUGUUAAGAACAUUUAAUUGCGGCAUUGGCGCUAUUCUAAUUUGUUCAGAAAAAGAUAAGGACGAAGUUUUGACUAAAUUACAAAUAGAAAAUCCCAAGAUCAUUGGAUAUAUAACUAAUUAUAAAAAUAAUCAAACUAGAAUACAUGUCAAAAAUUUUGAAGAGGUAUUAGAAGUAAGAAUGAAACAAUACAUACCGGACGUUAUUUCACAGUUAGGUAAGCCUUUAAAAAAAGUAGGUGUUUUAAUAUCCGGAAGCGGAACCAAUUUACAGUCACUGAUCGAUGCAACUCGAGAUCCAUCCCAACAUAUUGGUGCUGAAAUUGUUAUAGUUAUAUCUAAUAAACCAAAUGUUGAGGGACUUAAACGAGCUGAAAAAGCUGGUAUUAAGACGGUGGUCGUUAAACACGCGGAUUAUCCCAAUCGAGAAGAGUUUGAUGCAGCGAUGACUGUCGAACUUAUUGCUGCUGAAGUUGAAAUAGUUUGUCUUGCUGGUUUUAUGCGAAUUUUAUCAAAUACUUUCGUAAAUCUAUGGCGUGGCAAUUUAAUAAAUGUUCAUCCUUCGUUAUUACCAUCAUUUAAAGGUGCACAUGCACACAAAGAUGUUUUAGCAGCUGGAGUACGCGUUUCAGGAUGUACAGUGCAUUUCGUAGAAACUGAUAUCGAUUCUGGAGCAAUUAUUGAACAAGCAGCAGUACCUGUACUGCCACAUGAUACCGUAGAAAGUCUUCAAGAACGAGUGAAAAUAGCUGAACAUCGUAUUUUUCCACUAGCUUUAAAAUAUUUAGCUACCGAAAGGAUACACUUAAACGACGAUAAUUCUAUUACAUGGAAUUAUUAA